GAUUUGAAACUGUAAUAAAUGAUGUUGACGACAUAUUUAUAAAUACGCAGGGAACGAAUACUACUGAUAACUCAUCUUUGGACUGAUAAAUUUGCACCAAGUCUAGCAUACCCGGAUACAAGAUUGUUUUCUACGCAUUUUAGGUAUCGACACAAAUACAAACACUACAAACAUCUUCAAACUAUUAUUGGAAACUUGUUAAAGGCCAUUGGCAUCACCAAGAAACUAACGAGAGAAGAAAAGACAAUUUAUUUGUUUACGGGCUGUGGUGCUGGAAAGACGUGUUGUUCAUCUUUUUUCUGUUUUUAGUGUCGUUUAGCUAUUUCGGCUAUAGUUUGUCUAUUAACGGAAGUAUGACAUUUUAAAUUCUCUUCGAUUUCACAGAAUAAUAAACUGUUGCCUGGGUUUUCAUGAUGAAGGGAAUUAUUUUUAUUUCUGUAUGGAUUUGUCUUGUCUUGAAGUUUCUAUGUCUGGCUCAACAAUGCAGAAGCAAGUUUGGAAUAUUUAAACCGGAAGACUUUGCCCUCCACGCAUGCGUAUGGUGCUACUACUUCCUGUAUCCGGAAUAUGUGUUAAAGCCACACCCAUAUCAGGAUUAUCUCGUACUUUUCACAAAUAGCUCACAAUAUCCUAUAUACUCUAAAUUCAGAGCGGAUAUUUAUAACAUAACAUCAGUUAAUAUUAUUUGCUCAACUUUAACCUCAGACGAAUGUGACAGAUGGAAACUGUGUUGUGAAACAUCACAUGACUGUUGCCAACGUCAACAAAGCACACAGAGCGUAGAUUUAAACGAAACAUGCUCACCAACAUGGGAUGGUUAUGGUUGCUGGGAUCAAGGAACACCGGGACAAACAAGUCAUAUAUCAUGUCCUGUCUUUCUGCAGUUUGCAGUUCCUACCAAAUCAGCAUUAAAGGAGUGCCAACCCGAUGGAUCUUGGUUUAAGAGGGAUGAACUGGAAUGGACUGACUACACACCUUGUCUGAACUACCAGGAACUAAAGACUACGAUAUACAUCAGCCUAGGCUGUCAAAUAGCAAGUCUUAUUUGUCUGAUUCCAUCAGUCAUCAUCUUCUUUCAGUUUAGGGCUUUAAUUCAUCAGCACCGCAUUCGACUUCACAUCAAUUUCUUCAUCAGUUUUAUUCUCAGUGGAACAUUUAUUAUCGUCUGGAACACUACAGUGACUUAUGACAGGAUUACCAACACCAACGUGUCUGAUACACUGCUGUAUAAAAACUCCGCUCAGUGCAAGCUGCUGUCAUUUCUAAAAUUGUAUUUUACAAGUACAAACUUUGCUUGGAUGUUCUGCGAAGGUUUCUACCUGUACAGAUUAAUUGUCAAUGCAUUUUCUCCUCCAAAGAGAUUGUUGCCAUUCUAUAUCCUGGGAUGGGGUAUUCCUCUGCUUUUUACAAGUGUGUAUGCCAUAGUGAGAUUAACUCAAGCAAACGAAAGCUGUUGGGCCGAAAGUAUAGGUAAUAAGGAAUGGAUAAUUUACACGCCAAAUCUGUUUUGUCUGGCGGCGAACGUAUUUUUCUUGUGUAGUAUACUACGAAUUCUGCUCACGCAACUUCAGGUGCACCCUAAUGAACCAAGUAACUUCAGAAAAGCUUUAAAAGCUACUUUUGUACUGAUACCAUUAUUCGGUGUUCAACUUGUUGUCACAAUAUACAGAAUGCCCCCGGAGUCUUCAGGGUCUUUGCAUUAUGAAAGGUUUAAUGAGUUUGUCACAAACUCGCAAGGAAUGUGCGUAGCUUUAUUUUUUUGCCUUUGUAAUGGUGAGGUUACAUCGUUAGUGAUGCAUUCCUUAAGGAGACGCCGAGAUACGAUGUAUAUUGGUUCUAAAAAAGAACACACUGCCAUAAGUAUGAAUAAUACUGUUACUUCACGAUACCAUUCUACCACAGACAAGGGAUCCCCAAGCAAAACUCUCAUUUUAUGUUAUAAGAAAAGAAACGGAGAGACAACCUCCUUUUGACGCAGUAUCCUUUAUAAGAUACAGUAGGGCAAUCGAAGAAGACAAUGGAUAUUCGGAGAACGAUAUAUAUUCAAAGAAGACAACGCAUAUUAGAGGAAGACAAAGUAUCUGUGCUACAUAUGUACGCUAUGUUGUUUAUAAUGGGAAAGUAUGCUGCGGUUAGUAGAAUGACACUUAACUGUCAGGCUUUUGAAUGCGAGUUGUUUAAGUAUUAUUCGAAAAAGUAAUAAUCGAAAACGACAACGUAUCUACAUGCAGUGUAUGCCCAGUACAUAUACAUUGAAUAUAAGAAAAGUGUAAAUUGUGCGUAAAUGUGUCAUUAAAACAUAUUUUGAAAUGUUUGUCUUUAAGAGUUUCUAAAAGUUAUGUACAUGUACAUGUAUCAUGUUCAUGGUUUGCUUGUUCAUAUAUACUACUGCUGACGAACAUUCAAAUCAAAUUUGGAGUUCUUAGACUGUUAAAAUACAAGGCGGUAAAAUCGAUAUUUAUCGUAAGUUUUUCUAUUGCAAAAUGAUUUACACAUAGGCAUCGUUAAUUGUAAAGAUAACACCAUGUAUUCAAUACAGACUUCUAUAUUAAAAUAUAUAUACUG